GGGAUGAACCCUAAAUUUUACGUCCUUCUUGUCUUAGCCGCUGUUUUGGCCACGACCGCAAACGCUGGCGGACCAGUUCUCGACACUGAUGGUGAUUUCAUACUCGACGGCGGCAGUUACUACGUUCUCCCCAUCUUCUCCGGUGGCGGUUUAACUCUCACCCCCCGUGGUGGCAACCAAUGUCCCCUCUAUAUCGGACAGGAAUAUUCAGAUGUCAAUAGGGGUAUUCCCGUAAGAUUUUCAAACUGUAGGUCUAAAUUUGGGUUCGUUCUCGAGUCAGUUCACCUCAACAUCGAGAUGGAUGUCAAAGCUACGAUCUGUGUUCAGUCAACUUAUUGGUGGGUCGCUGAGUCCGACAUGGCCAUCAAGAAGUUCUUUGUAGUGGCUGGUCCUAAGCCAGAACCUGGAGAAGAAUCGUUGAAGAGCUUCUUUCAGAUCAAGAAAACUAAAUAUUUUCAUAACGGCUACACAAUUGCGUUUUGUCCUAACGAUAAUGAUUGCAUAGAUGUCGGGAUAUUUGUUGACGAAUAUGGCGUUUGGCGUUUGGCUUUAAGCCCUACGCCAUUCCCGGUUAUGUUCGUGAAAGCUACUGGAACAGAGACUUCGUCCAAGACUAUGUAG